AAAAGUUAUUAAACAAAAUAUUGUUGAUAAUCUAAAGCUGACAGUACAUAAUGUCUGAUUAUGAUCAAGUGCGUAUAAAAAAGUUAGUUUUGAAAGGAGAAAAACACAAGAAAAGUAAGAAGCGUAAGAAGGAAAAGGAGCACAAGGAUGAAGAUGCACCCAAACGUAGCAAAACGGUUGCAGAUGAGGAUACUAUUCAACAUGCUGGGUGGUGGACAGCAACAACAACCGCCAACAUCGUUGGAUCAGUGGCCAUUGAAUUUGGCGAUCGUUGCUAUCUGAAAGCCCUAGACAAUGGUUUAUUUACUUUAGGCGCGCCACACAAUCCAGGUGAAGGCCCUGAUCCGGAAGAAAUAUUUACCGCAUUUCCAAUUAACGACCGCAAGGUCUCUUUUAAAUCGGGCUACGGGAAAUAUCUGAAAAUUGAAAAGGACGGAAUGGUAACUGGCCGUUCAGAAGCAGUUGGCAGCAUGGAGCAAUGGGAGCCUGUCUUCGAGAACAAGCAAAUGGCCUUGUUGUCAGAAACGGGACACUUCAUGUCCAUUGACCCCGAGGACGAUGCUUGUGUAGCCUUGCAUAAAAAAGUGGGUCCGCAAGAAAUUUGCCGGGUGCGCACAAAUGCAGCAAGAGAUGUUGUUGUGGACGACCAGCCAAAGGAGGAAAAAGGUGAUCUAAGCGAAGUUGAGAAGAACUAUGUCAAAAAGUUUCAAAAGUUCCAAGACAAGAAGAUGCGCAUUAGCAAGAACGAUGUAAAGGAGCUUGAGGAAGCCAAGGCCCAAGGACUGCUACACGAAACUCUGCUCGACAGGCGCAGCAAAAUGAAAGCUGAUCGAUAUUGCAAAUAAAACUUAGUUAAUGCAUAUUAAAAGUAAGAAUGUAUAAUAAAGUUUUACAAAUGUCUGUAAA